AUCAAAUGUAAACAAGCAACUUUGUAUUUGCACUCACAAGACGUAUUACUGUUAUAUAAUAGUUAUUCCAGAAUGACUCCUCCUGCCGGCAACUGACCUACUUUACCUCCGCCUGACUUUAUAAAUACGCCUUGGCGGAAGACCACACACGGCGAGUGGUGGUACGACGACGCGGAGGAUAUAACUUUCCUCGUCUUCCUUAUUUUUUCUUGUUGUUUUUUUUUUUUUUAAACACCUUCUUACCUGAGCAGGUGAUGGCGGACAGCGUUCAGCUCGGCUCGGUAACGUCGGAGCUCCGGGCGAUGUUCUACAUGCUGUCGCCCAAUGAGUCGUCCUUCGAGAAAGUUGAAGAUGUUCCUGAGUACGUUCAUCAGGCCAAUCCUUUCUUCAUCGGGCUGAUCAUCCUGGAGAUGGUGCUAGGCUUGUUUAUGUCAGAAGCUCCGCUGUACAACAUCGGUGAUGGAAUCAUCUCCAUAUCAUUGGGAAUGAUAUCCAGACUCCCGCUGGUGCUGAUGCAAGGCUUCGAGUUGUCGGCCUACGUGUACGUGUGGGACCGCUACCGCUUCCUGGAGCUGCCCUGGGACUCCUCCUGGACCUGGUGCUUCGCCUUUCUGGCCGUGGACUUCUGCUACUACUGGUUCCACCGCUCGGCCCACGAGGUGUCCAUCUUGUGGGCGGCUCACCAGGUUCACCACAGUUCCGAGUACUUCAACUUCAGCACGGCCUUGCGGCAACCGCUCACCCAGCAGCUGACAUCCUGGAUCUUCUACUUGCCCAUGGCUCUGGCCGUGCCACCUUCCGUCUUUGCCGUCCACAUCCAAUUAAAUCUGCUCUUCCAGUUUUGGCUGCACACAGAGGUGGUCCGAGACCUGGGACCUCUAGAGUGGCUCUUCAACACUCCAAAGCAUCACAGAGUUCACCAUGGGAGGAACAAGUACUGCAUUGACAAGAACUACGGCGGCAUUCUCAUCAUCUGGGACCGAUUGUUUGGCACUUUUGCUGCAGAGGAGGCCAAGGUGCGGUACGGCUUGGUGUUCCCCAUCAACUCCUUUGAAAUCAUCACAAGUCAGUUCCAUUACUAUUUGUACUUGUGGAGAAAGUCCAUCACCUACACGAGCAUCGGCGACAAAGUAUCGACGUUCGUCAAGGGUCCGAGCUGGUUGCCUGGUAAACCUCGGCUGGGCGACCACCAGUUGGUUCCAGAGGUGACUGGAGAGGAAGUGCCUCAUGAUCCCAGCUGCUCGCUGCCCUUACAAGUUUAUGUGGUGACACAUUUCCUGCUGGUGCUGCAUACUUACCACCAUCUGUUUGAAAACCAAGCGAUGCUAACACAGUUCAGCGUCCUGGCGAUGAUCGGCUACAUCCUGCUGACGCUCACCUCCAUUGGUUUCAUUAUGGACCAGAGGCCGUUAGCGUCCAUGUUGGAGAUGCUGCGCUGUGCUGCCAUGGUCACGAUGCUGCGUUUCAAUCACUUGAGGCUCCCCUAUUCUUCCCUCGCCAUGCCCACGCAGGCCUUUGCCUCCCUCUCGCUGCUCUACUGGGCGAUGCAGAUCUUCUGUCAGCUGCUCUCCAUCAAGUGGAAGUCUGACUGAAUCUCACCCUGCAGACCAGACCGACUCACACUGGUCCACUAUGUUGGAAAUGUUAUUUUUUGCCUUCUAUUGUCAACAAACUGUGAAUUACUACAUUACUAACAAAGUAAAAAAAAAAAAGUCAAACUAAUCAAAGAUUUAUAUUUAUCUGCAUAUUGUGCUAACUUGUUUUUUUUAUCCUAUCUUGUAUUUAAACUGACACACAACUAACUCAUAACCAGUGAAAACCACUGAUUGGACCAUUCAGCUUGUUUGCUUCCAACCAUGCUUCUUGCAGGAAAUCAUGGAAAUAAAAUAAUCUGUUCCAGGGUCAAGCCGCGGUCCAUCCAUCCAUCCAUUUUCCUCCGCUUAUCCGGGCCCAGACUUCCCGGUCCCCGGCCACCUCCUCCAGCUCCACCGGGAGGACACCAAGGCGUUCCCAG